UUCAACACAGGUGGCAAUACCGUCGGGUACUAAUUGGAAUUGGAAUCCAUGAAAUCAGAACACGGAUACAUUCACGUCCUUUACUGUUUCACUGCUGGGAGCGCGCGGUUGCUAGGGUUUUGUUCCGGCUUCCAAAUUUUAAGUUGAAUCUUUUUUGGUUUCCAAAUUCGCAAGUAUGUCUUUCUUCAAUAUGGACGAUAUCGAGCUUGAGAACAACAUCCACGUGAAGGAACUAGAGCUCCUGCGUUUGAUAGAGGAUGACGGCAACAGAUAUUACUCCCUAGGACGGGGGCCCCAGGAUGAAUAUCGUUAUAAUCCUGUUGGCAAUUGGCAGCUAAAGAUGCUGCCAGGGCUCCCUGCGGUUACAUGUGACGCCGUCCCUCGGCCAUGCAUCUAUCCUACCUCAUAUCCUUCCUGGAAUGUAGUUGAGACUUUGGGCCCGACUAAAAUUUUGCCCAACUAUCCGGAAACAAAAGUCGACCCUAAGGUAAAGGGCGGUUGGGUAUAUGUAAGUGACAAAGUCAGGGUUGAACGUAGAAAACAAGUAGUCGAUUAUCCAGCGCACUUGUCGAAGGAAACGUUUUCGAAUAUGAAGAAAUCGAAGAAUUUCAAAAAGAAGGUAAUUUAUUCGCCGAAAAACGCUCGCCCUAGUGCAAUAGAUUACAAAGACGUCGUCGUCAACUUGAAAGAAAUUGGAUUGGGGCGACACAGGCACCCACCUAUUGAUGCUGAUCGUCUGAUAGUGAAGUUUCGUCGACUCUACAUUUACCUGACGUCUUUAUGCAAGGAAAGGACGAUCCUUGAAAGCAUAGUGUUCUCAAGAGAAAGAGAAGCAAAUCAAAAAUAUAUCCUUCCGGCAGAUGUCGGUGUUGCUGGCCAUGUCGACUAUGCAUUGCAGAGCUUGUCGGUUGAACUGAGAUUUGUGAAGACGAUUUUUCACAGUAUACAGGAGAAAUGUGACGACACCAGUUUGAUUAAACUGUGCAAGGAUCAUGUUGGCAACUUGCUCGCAGCUGUGAAGACGCUCAAUGUUUUCAAUGGACAGGAAAUGUUACUUAAUUUGAAGAAUUUGGAUACGGUUCAUAAAGUUGACAAUGUUUUGUCCGAUUUAAUCAUUCAUAUCAGAUAUAUGGGUAUUAUCUACGUAAUUACUGCGCAGAAAUUACUGGUUAAAGAAACAGCCGCUUAUGAAGGUCGUCGUAAAAUGUUUGUUGGACGUUAAGUAAAAUGGAGUGUUUACACAAAUCAAAUACUUUGUUUAUUUCCUUUGUCAAUUGGAUUAUAAAAUUUUCUAAUUUUUCGUUACAUCACAUGUGAUCGCAUUAUUUUUCUAAAAAAUAUUUUUAUUUUAACGCAACUUUUGAUUGUAGAUUUGUUGUUUACGUAACCGUAAGGUGUAUGUGUUCCCUUCUAUUGUUGAGGUUUCUUUUAAAAAAAUAUUUUGAUUUUAAUUAACUUAAAUUUGUUGCAUAUGUUUUAAUUGUAUCUGUUAAUUUAUGAUAACUAUUUUAUUCUAUUCGAUUUUAUUCACUGCAUUAAUUAGAAGUGUAUUUAAUUUUCGUGUUUCUCAAUUCUGGGUUUUAAUAUUUAUAUAUUUGUCAUGUCGUUUUAAUAAGUUAUUUAUCUUUCUGUAAUUUAUCUCUUUUCGGCUCUGUUUAAAUGUUUUACAUGAAAUAAUCUUUUGUGUUCUUCCAUUUAAAAAAAUGACUCAAGAGUUCGAUGGAAUUUAUUAUUAAUAAUAAAUAUUAAUUUGUGGCCGAUAUAUAGUGGCCCGUGGUAAUUCGGUACGUAUUAUAAUUUCUUAUGCUGAAAAAAAGAAUAUAAAUGAAAAAAAAAUGUAAAAGGAACAAAAGAAGAUUGCAAAAAAAGACAAGAAAUUGUGUACCUUGAGUACCACAGAACUUAUAAAUAUCUUUAUUUAAAUAUUUUGUCCGAGAAAUGAAGUUAAUUUCUCGAUGAGGAGGGAAUCUUGAUCUAUUCAAGUAUUUCUUCUUUCUAGUUUCGAGUGUUAUUUGGGAGUUUUAGCUUUAUCUCAAGAUGAAGUUCAACUGUACAAUUAUUUUUGUAAGUAUUUUUUGCAUUGGAUAUCAGCCUUCUGAUCAUAAUGGCUUGAUUUCGUUUCCAUGAUGUAUACAUUUAAUUCAGAUUUUUAUUUGGGACCAAUCGAAGUAAAGAAUCGUAGUGAAUUAUAAAAUGAUUGGGCGAGAAUAUAUUAAAUUAGUAGUAGCUUUGUUCUUGCCAUAAACAUAUAUCCUAUUCAUUGAUAUUUAUAUAAAAGUUUGGAUUGUCGCUUUCAAAGUACCGCCUCGUAUAUUUUUCAUAAAUUUCAUUCGAGUUUUUGUUCUCGUCUGCACUCUUUAUGAGUAAUGUUUUAAGGACGGAGUGGAUUUUAUUCGAUAAGCCUUUACUGAUUCCGUUUGUUAAUAUAUCUUUAAACAAAAAUUUGAAAUUCCAAUGAAAAUUAACAAAAAAAAAAAAAAUAAAAAUUGAAAACAAAAAAAAGUAGUUGCCACAAA